AUCUGGUUUGUCUUGGUCCCUCGACCUGAACACCGCGUUUCGGCCCUCACCUCGAUCCCACCACCUUCCCUCGUUCGUCCCUUGCACCCUUUUGUUGCAUCUUUUCCUGUCUCAUUUCGUCCGAGUCCCCCAACUACCACCAUGGCUUCUACCAAUGGUCCUGAAGCAGAAUUUUCUGAUCCAGAACGCAUUCGCCUGAUCCAAACUCUGAAGGACAAAAUGGGCGAAAUACAACCGACGGCCUGGGCUUGUCUCUGGCUUUCUGAUAUCGAGAAGCUACGGGGAGCUGCAGGAGGCUGGCCGACGGCGCUAAUGGCAAUGGCAUUCCAUAAUAUGGAAUGCGACACAAAGCUUGCUCAAGCAUGGGCUCAACGAAAGCGAGCACCAGUCUCUACCGCUUCUACCCCACAACGCGUCCCCACGCCGCAGGCAUCUGCUACUCCCAUACGGCCUCCUCAAGCACAGCCAUCUUCAGCACAGUCAUCUCCCGCAUUAUCACCUCUGGCAGAUGGAAGACGUGGACAAAAGCGAACCGUUAGUGGACGACCGAUUUCGACCCCGUUGCAACCAAUUGCUCUAGGGUCGCCAUCAGCAAAUCAGCAGUUUUCGCCAUCUGGUGGUCGUUCCAAGAGCCAGCGAGAGCGAUGCUAUCAGAGAGACCAGAUGAAAUGUGUUCUGACAAAGGCUGGCGACCCAAUUGAGGUUGCCCAUAUUUACCCAUUCUCUCUGCAAAUCGAACUCCGCCCUGCCUCGCAACAGAGUGGAACGUCCUUCUGGACCAUGCUCCGAAUGUUCUGGUCCGACGAGCGUGUGGAUGCUUGGUUCAACGCACUCUUUCCUCACGGUACUGAAACCUGUCAAAAUCUAAUCGGUCUUUGCCCAAACGCGCAUGCAUACUGGGGAAAGGCGUAUUUCGCCCUGAAGCCGAUCCAAAUGUCAGAUGACAAGAAACGGCUGGAUAUUGAGUUUCAUUGGCUGUCCUCAAACCCAUACGCUGAACGCGUUGACCUCGCUCAAGUCCCUUCUUUAGCGAUCACAGAUCACGGUCCAAACGAAACGAGGCUAUUUGACGUUCAGACUUUGGAAGUCAUCAGUUCCGGACAACAAAUCUGUCUCACAACCGAUGACCCAGAAUUGCGACCGCUACCUAAUAUGAAGCUACUGGAGAUGCAGUGGUAUCUACACCGCGUGACGGCAAUGAGCGGAGCAGGGGACCUCCCAGACGAUUUUUUUCACCAAAGUGACGACGAGGACGAUGUUGGGGUCGAUUUCGAAGACGACCAGGGAAGGGGUGAUACUGAGAGCGACUAUGAAUGGGAUACGGACAGAGAGACUUGGGCACGUUCUUAGGAGCAGCGUUUCCCUUUUCGACUACGAGAAACCCCAGUGCUCCAAGGAAUGAUUGGGCUCCGUGGUGGGGGUGGUGAUAGAGGCCCCGAUCCAGAUUACAGCAGCGAAGACGAUGAAGAAAUUGAUGAGAAUGACGGGUUGUCAGGUUAGCUGAGCUCCACGAAUUCCUCGAGGAUAACAGUCAUACCUAUGUAUUUGUGCAUACGGACUAGAUAUGGGUAGCGAAGUAGAAGAAGGUAGUUACAAACAUGACACCUGCAAGAUGACGGCAUGGUGCCUGGGGUUGGCGACGAGGACUUCACAAAAUUGUGC